AGCUGCCUGUGUGUGUGUGUGUCCCCCGGCAUUUUAAGGACGUACCGGGGUGCGGGGGGGGUGUCGGGUCCCUCUUCCCCGGGGGGUGACCUUGGGUGUCCCCUAGUUGAGGGGUUGUGCAGGCAGCCCACCCCCCCCCCGCCUCGCCGCCCGGCACCGGGCCGACGUCCCGGUAAUUCCAGCGGCCCCGGGGGACUCUCCGGUGUCUGAUGAGAGGGUUGUGCCACCGCCACACCGAGCAAAACAGCCGCAGCGCGGAGGGGGGGGCCGGGCCCUGCAGACCCCCCGGCCCCGCCGCGUCUCCCCGGUGAUCCCGGGUAACCCACUGCGGGCCGGGAAGGGAAUCCCGGGGCCCCGCGGGGUACCCGGGAGGAGAUGCCGGGAAGGGGGGCGCACACACACACACGCACACCCCGCCCCCCCGGUACCGAGCCAACGGUUCCCCGGUGCCCGGGCCCGCUGCUGCUUCUGAUCUCCGGUGCUCGGUACAGGAUAUCCCGGGGUAGCGAUGUCCGGUAACCCGGUGUCUUCAACCCCUCCCUCUCCUCCCGGUACCUGGUUCCGGGUGCCGGUACCCCGAGACCGCCGGCCCCGCCCCGCGCCGCCGCGUUACGCCGCCGUCCGUCCGUCCGUCCGUCCGUCCGCCCGUCCGCCAGUCCUCCCUCCCCUCCCGCCCGCCGUUCCCGCCGCCGCCGCCGCCCCCGCCGGCGCAGCCAUUGCGGGGCAAGGCCCGGCGCUGCGGCCCGCCCGCCCUCACGGUCCCGGGGACAUGGUGACGGGAUGGCGCGACCCACCGACACCUUCCCGCUCCACCGGCUCGUCUGGCACAACCGGCACCAGGCGCUGGACAGCGCCCUGCGCUCCGGAACGCACGACGUGGAGUUGACGGACCCCCGUGGGCGAACCCCCCUGGAACUGGCCGUGUCCCUGGGGCACCUGGAGUCGGUGCGGGUGCUGCUGCGGCACAACGCCAACGUGGGCCGGGAGAACGCCAACGGCUGGACGGUGCUGCAGGAGGCGGUGAGCACAGGGGACCCCGAGAUGGUGCAACUGGUGCUCCAGUACCGCGAUUACCAGCGGGCGACGCGGCGGCUCGCCGGCAUCCCCGAGCUGCUCAGCAAACUGCGGCGGGCAUCUGACUUCUACGUGGAGAUGAAGUGGGAGUUCACCAGCUGGGUGCCGCUGGUCUCCAAGGUGUGCCCCAGCGACGUCUACCGUGUCUGGAAGCGGGGCGAGAGCCUGCGGGUCGACACCACGCUGCUGGGCUUCGAGCACAUGACGUGGCAGCGCGGCCGCCGCAGCUACAUCUUCAAGGGGGAAGACGAGGGGGCCGUGGUGAUGGAGGUGGACCACGACAAGCAGGUGGUCUACACCGAGACGUUGGCCUUGACCUUGCACGAGCCCGACCUGCUGCUGGCGGCCAUGCAGCCCUCGGAGGAGCACGUUGCCGGGCGGCUGACGUCCCCCAUCGUCUCCACGCACCUCGACACCAGGAACAUCGCCUUCGAAAGGAACAAGUCCGGGAUCUGGGGCUGGCGCUCUGAGAAGAUGGAGGUGGUCAGCGGCUACGAGGCCAAGGUGUACAGCGCCAGCAACGUGGAGCUGGUGACCAAGACGAGGACGGAGCAUCUGUCCGACCAGGAUAAGUCCCGCAGCAAAGGCUCCAAGACCCCCUUCCACUCCUUCCUGGGCAUCGCGCAGCAGCACAGCACCCACAACGGGGCGCCCGUGCUGCAGGCUGCCAGCCCCACCAACCCCACGGCCAUCACCCCUGAGGAAUACUUCGACCCCCACUUCGACCUGGAGACCCGCAACAUCGGGCGCCCCAUCGAGAUGUCCAGCAAGGUGCAGAGGUUCAAGGCGACGCUGUGGCUUUGCGAGCAGCACCCGCUGUCGCUGGCGGAGCAGGUGACGCCCAUCAUCGACCUGAUGGCCAUCUCCAACGCCCACUUCGCCAAACUGCGCGAUUUCAUCACCCUCAAGCUGCCCCCCGGCUUCCCGGUGAAGAUCGAGAUCCCCCUCUUCCACGUGCUCAACGCCCGCAUCACCUUCAGCAACCUCUGCGGGUGCGACCAGCCGCUGGGCUCCGUGCGGGUGUGCGCCCCACCCCAGCCCCCCAGCACCCAUUCCCCUGGCCCGCAGCCCCCCAGCACCCAGCCCCCUGGCCCUAGAGCAGGCUGGCCCUUCCCGUGCGAGGUGGAGGCGGGGGUGUUCGAGGUGCCGGCGGGGUACACGGUGCUGGGCGCGGGGCGCAGCGAACCCCUCCGGGACGAGGACGACGACCUGCUGCAGUUCGCCAUCCAGCAGAGCCUGCUGGACGCCGGCACCGAGACCGACCAGGUGACCAUUUGGGAGGCGCUGACCAACACCCGCCCCGGCGCAGACCCGCCCCCCUAUGACGAGGACCUCCAGCUGGAGCGGGCCCUCCAGGAGAGCAUGCUGCUGCAAGCGGGUCCUAGUGCCGACCCCCCUGCCGCCGGCAGCCCCCCCGGGGCGGGGGGGGGCGGCCCUCCCCCGGCCCCCCCCGGUUACGGCAGCUUCGCGGAUCAGCUGCGGUUGGCCAUGGCACUCUCGGAGCGGGAGCAGGAGGAGCGGGAGCGGCGCCGGCGGGAGGAGGACGAGGAGCUCCAGCGCAUCCUGCGCCUCUCCCUCACUGACAAGUAGCAGCGGGGGAAAGGGGGGACACAGGGAUGUCCCGCGUGGGGGACACCUCCCCACACACACACACACCCCCCACACACACGGAGGGGAGGGACAGGGACACCCCGCCGGCACCCCCUCGCUUGGGGAUCCCCAGGGACGGCUCAGCGUGGGCACCGGCCCACACCGGGACACCCCAAGUCAGGCACAGCCCUUGCCUGGGGACCAGCCGGUGCCGGGGGGGCACCCCCCGUGCCAGGGACCCUCCCCCGGCUGUGGGCACAGCCCCUGCAUGGGGGGAAUUGAUCCAGGGAUCCUCCUUACCCCCGGGACCCCCGAUCCAGGGAUCCCCUCCUGCCAAGCUCCAACCUCAGCCCAGAGGGACCUUGAUCUGGGGACCCCCACCCCAGGGACACUCCCCGCUAUCCCCAGGACCCCCCACCUUAGGGACGCCCCCCCUCCUUCUCUUCAGUGUUGGACAUUGACCCCACGGGGGGUGGGAUGAGCCUGGGGGGACCCCGUGGGAGGCAGCUGACCCCUGUUUAAAGGCACCUCAACUUUGGGGGCUGCGGGGCCGGGCAUCGACCCCCAGGCCUCGUCAUUCAGUGGCGGGGGGGGAGCUGGGGGGGCCCCGGAUGUAUGUACAUAUACGUAUACA